UUUACAAUGGCGUGGCAGUGGCGGGGGGCUGCAGCUCUCUGCCCGGGUCCAGCAUCAGUAAACCACCUGUAAAUAUCAGUGUGGAGGUUAACCGCGAAAUGAAGAGGUGAUAUAACAAUGAAAACGUUACCGGACGGAGUAAAUCUUCUCUGAACGCCUGCUCUACAAACUGUUUGAAAGUACAGGAGCGCUUUGCCAUGUCGCUGCUGUGCGUCAGAGUGAAAAAAGCCAAGCUCCAAGGACCUCCAGACAAGUUCAACAGCUAUGUGACGCUGAAGGUGCAAAAUGUCAAAAGCACCACGAUCACUGUGCGGGGGGACCAGCCAUGCUGGGAGCAGGAUUUUAUGUUUGAGAUCAACCGGCUUGACCUCGGGCUCAUUGUGGAGGUGUGGAACAAAGGCCUCAUCUGGGACACCAUGGUGGGGACAGCAUGGAUCCCUCUUAAGAGUGUCCAGCAAUCAGAGGAGGAGGGAUCAGGAGACUGGAUCUUCCUGGAUUCAGAGGUCCUGAUGAAGGCCGAUGAGAUAUAUGGCACAAAAAACCCAACACCUCAUCGGGUCCUGCUGGAUACUCGCUUUGAGCUACCUUUUGACAUCCCAGAUGAUGAGGCGCAGUACUGGACUGGCAAGCUGGAUCGCAUCAAUACCAUGGACAUCCACGAUCAGUACCCUCUGCAGGAUGAAGUUCAGAGUCGCCCACUACCGUUUGCAACCUCCCAGUGCUCUCUGGAUGACCAGGACAGUGCUGUGGAUGACCGGGAUAGCGACUAUCGUAGUGAGACGAGUAACAGUCUGCCCCCACGUUACCACACAACUGCUCAGCCCAACUCGUCCAUGCACCAGUAUCCCAUGGGGCCUAGGCAGCAGCACCACCCAGACUCCUGCACAGACUCUGUCCACAGUUUAGACCUGGACUUCAGGGACCAGAGAGGAAACAGUCCUGUGGAAAGUAGUCGGUUUGGGUCGUCAGGAAACCUGAGCCAGACCAGUUCCCAGCUUAGUGAGACUGGCCAGGAGAGCACUGGAGGCUCAGAACUGGAGGAGUCCUUCCACUCCUAUCACAGUAGUAGCAUUCAUCCCUCCAACAACGAGCAGCCACGCACCAAUGGACAUCCUCCCACAAAUGGACACUCUUCUGUUAGUGAGAAAGGGAUACAGAGGCCGUCCCCCGAAGUAGGGCUGGGCCUGAAAAAUGAAACUCUAGAGAGACGGUCUUCUAAAAUGAAAAGGUUCCAUGAUGAUGGCCCUCCACUACCCUUUUCCCCUUCCAGACUGCAGUGGUUGAAGGCCAUUAAUAAAGUCAGGGUUCAACUAAGGGAGGUUCGAGAUGACCAACCCAAUGCUAGACAAGCCUGGGUCAAACCAGGUGGCGGAUCUGGUCUGUAUGGAAUUGACAGCAUGCCAGACCUGCGUAAAAAGAAACCUAUCGCCUUGGUCAGCGAUGUGUCACUUGUCCAAGCCAGGAAGGCAGGAAUCACAUCCGCCAUGGCUGCACGGUCGUCAUUCAAAGACGAGGAGCUGAAAAACCAUGUGUACAAGAAGACCCUGCAGGCGCUUAUCUACCCUAUAUCCUGCACUACACCCCAUAACUUUGAGGUGUGGACUGCCACCACUCCCACAUACUGCUAUGAGUGUGAGGGGCUGCUGUGGGGUAUAGCCCGCCAAGGCAUGCGUUGCUCUGAGUGUGGAGUAAAGUGCCAUGAAAAGUGCCAAGAGCUGCUGAAUGCUGACUGCCUACAGCGUGCUGCGGAGAAAAGCUCCAAGCAUGGAGCUGAAGACCGAACUCAAAAUAUAAUCAUGGCAAUGAAAGACAGGAUGAAGAUCAGGGAAAGAAACAAACCAGAAAUCUUUGAACUUAUUAGAGAAGUGUACGUCAUCAGCAAAGCAACCCAUGCACAGCAGAUGAAGACCAUCAAGCAGAGUGUACUGGACGGCACCUCAAAGUGGUCAGCCAAGAUCACCAUCACAGUGGUUUGUGCACAAGGACUUCAGGCAAAGGACAAGACAGGUUCUAGUGAUCCUUAUGUGACUGUUCAGGUCGGCAAGACCAAGAAGAGAACCAAGACCAUUUAUGGAAACCUCAAUCCUGUCUGGGAGGAGAAGUUCCAUUUUGAGUGCCACAAUUCCUCCGACCGAAUUAAGGUGCGUGUGUGGGACGAGGAUGAUGACAUCAAGUCAAGGGUGAAACAGCGUCUGAAGAGGGAAUCUGAUGAUUUCUUGGGCCAAAGUAUAAUAGAAGUCCGAACACUGAGUGGAGAAAUGGACGUCUGGUACAACCUGGAGAAAAGGACGGACAAGUCAGCCGUGUCAGGCGCCAUUCGCCUCCAAAUCAACGUAGAGAUCAAAGGAGAGGAGAAAGUGGCACCAUAUCAUGUGCAGUACACCUGUUUGCAUGAGAACCUGUUCCAUCACUGGACUGAUGUGCUUGGCCAAGGUGGGGUGAAAAUCCCCGAAGCUCGUGGGGAUGACGCAUGGAAGGUUUACUUUGAUGAUGUCGCUCAGGAGAUAGUGGACGAGUUUGGCAUGCGCUACGGCAUUGAAUCAAUCUACCAAGCAAUGACGCACUUUGCCUGUCUUUCAUCCAAGUACAUGUGUCCCGGUGUCCCUGCAGUGAUGAGCACCCUGCUGGCCAAUAUCAAUGCCUUCUACGCCCACACAACCGCCUCUACCAAUGUGUCCGCCUCAGACCGCUUUGCUGCCACCAAUUUUGGGAAAGAACGCUUCGUUAAGCUUUUAGAUCAGCUACACAACUCCUUGCGCAUUGACCUCUCCACCUACAGGAAUCAUUUCCCUGCCAGCAGCAAGGAUCGCCUGCAGGAUUUAAAAUCCACAGUGGACCUUCUAACAAGCAUCACCUUCUUCAGGAUGAAGGUUCAGGAGCUACAAUCUCCACCAAGAGCCAGCCAGGUGGUGAGGGACUGUGUCAAGGCCUGCCUCAACUCUACAUAUGACUAUAUCUUCAAUAACUGCCAUGAGCUGUACAGCAGACAGUACCAACCUAUCGACACUAGCAAGGAGGAGCUCCCAUUGGAGGAGCAGGGUCCAAGUGUAAAGAACCUGGACUUCUGGCCCAAACUCAUCAUGCUCAUUGUCUCCAUCAUCGAAGAGGACAGGAACUCUUAUACACCUGUGCUCAACCAGUACCCUCAAGAGCUGAACGUAGGGAAGGUGUCGGCAGAGGUCAUGUGGACGUUGUAUGCUCAAGACAUGAAGUACGCCAUGGAAGAGCACGAGAAGCACAGACUGUGUAAGAGCACCGACUACAUGAACAUGCACUUCAAGAUCAAGUGGCUCUACAACGAGUAUGUCAAGGAGCUGCCCAACUUUAACGGGGUCGUCCCGGACUACCCAUCAUGGUUUCUACAAUUUGUGCUGCAGUGGUUGGAUGAAAAUGAGGACGUCUCCAUGGAGUUUAUGCAUGGAGCACUUGAGAGAGACAAAAAAGAUGGAUUCCAGCAAACGUCUGAGCAUGCUCUGUUCUCCUGCUCUGUGGUGGACAUCUUCACCCAGCUCAACCAGAGCUUCGAGAUCAUCAGGAAACUGGAGUGUCCUGAUCCCAAUGUGUUGGCUCAGUACAGCCGCCGCUUCUCCAAGACUAUUGCCAAAGUUCUUCUUCAAUACAGUGCCAUUCUGACCAAAAGUUUCCCUUCUUACAUUGACAAGGAGAAGAUUCCAUGUGUCCUGUUGAAUAAUGUGCAGCAGUUAAGAAUUCAGCUGGAGAAGAUGUUUGAGUCGAUGGGUGCCAAACAGAUGGACACCGAGGCCGGUGACAUACUGAACGACCUUCAAGUGAAACUGAACAAUGUGCUGGACGAGCUCAGCAGGACAUUUGGGAACAGUUUUCAGAUCCGGAUUAAUGAGUGUAUGCGUCAGAUGUCGUCUCUGCUCAGCCAAAUCAAGGGACCUCUCAACGCCAACAACAAAAACCAGGUGGACGCUGACUCUGACAACAUGCUACGUCCACUCAUGGACUUUCUGGAUGGAAGGCUGACACUGUUUGCCACUGUAUGUGAGAAGACUGUGCUAAAGCGUGUGUUAAAGGAGCUUUGGAGGAUUGUGAUGACCAGCCUGGAGAAGACUAUUGUCCUACCACAGGGCAACGAUACCUUUGGUGCACAGAUUCUCUCAGCAGCAAAAGAACUGGGUCAGCUUUCAAAACUCAAGGAUCACAUGGCAGGGGAGGCUAAAAGCUUGUCUCCCAGGCAGUGUGCUGUCAUGGACGUGGCACUGGACACGAUCAAGCAAUAUUUCCAUGCAGGAGGCAGCGGACUGAAGAAGGCUUACCUGGAGAAGAGUCCCGAGUUAUCCUCACUACGGCACGCUCUGUCCCUCUACACUCAAACAACAGACACCCUCAUCAAGACCUUUGUGACCACCCAGCAUGCACAAGUGCACAAUGGAAAGGGUAUUAGGUUUACUCCUAAUGAGAAAAUACAGCCCAGCAGGGGUUCCGGCUUAGACAAGCCAAUAGGUGAAGUUUCUAUCCAGAUUGAUUUGCACAAUCCUGCCAAGGGGGAUCGAAAAGUCACUGCCAAAGUCAUUGGAGCUAAUGACUUAAAGUGGCAGACAUCCGGCAUGUUUCGACCCUUCGUGGAGAUCUCCAUGAUCGGGCCAAACCUCAGCGACAAGAAGCGCAAAUUUCAGACCAAAUCCAAGAACAACAGCUGGUCUCCAAAGUUCAGCGAGACGUUCCAUUUUGUUCUGGGUAACCAGGACGGCUUAGAGUGCUACGAGCUGCAAGUCUGCGUCAAAGAUUACUGCUUUGGCCGAGCCGACAGAGUCGUUGGCCUGACCGUGAUCAAAUUAAAAGAUGUCAAGGGCAACUGUGCAUGCUGGUGCCCACUGGGCCAACGCAUCCAUAUGGAUGACACCGGUCUCACCGCCAUGCGAAUCCUCUCCCAGCGCUCCAACGAUGACGUGGCCAAGGAGUUUGUGAGACUAAAAUCAGAGACCCGCUCGGCUGAGGAGGGCAGAUGAGGAGGAGGAGACAGAAAAGAUGGCCUUUGAGUUUCAGGAUUAGAGGAAGGAUCUCAUGUGACAGUCCUGAUAAAAAGGCAGGGAAUUAUUUUCCAUAAAAGCAAUGUUAAUGUUUUUUAUUAGAUAUUUAAAGUGUCUUACUUGCUGUUGAUUGUUUGGCUCGCUGUCAUCCUCACCCUCAGGGUGUUUUGGACCAACUCUCACUUUUAAUGUCACAUUACUUAACAGAGCUACUGUACAGCAAACAACCACAUAGACCACAUAGACCACUUAGACCACUUCUCCACAAGCUCACUCAACCUUCCCACUCACCAGCUGUUUCACCAGGCAGUCACUUCUUAUUCAAACCCCGUCUCCUCAUCAGUCUGGCGCAGAAGCCUCAACAGAACAGAGGAUGCCAGGCCGCGCUGGACUGCCAAAAGAGUUCCCACACCUCCCCAGUGUGUUAGUGCUAUACCCCCCCCCCCCACCCACCUGGACCCCUUCACACCACAGGCCCUGUUUUGAAUGCCUUAAACUCAGCAAACUGUGAAUGAGUGAAAUCCGUCUAUGAUGGUUUGAGUCAAUGUGAAAAUCCUUUUGAAAAGACAACAGCUUGGAAACAGUCCUACUUCACGCUUGUAUGAUUAGUAUUAAAAUAUUGUUGCUGGUUUCACAAGUUGAUCUUGCACAUGAUUUAAUGAAAGGUACUUAAACCCUUCAUUUGACCCCUUUCAUUUCAGUUAAAUGUGUGCCUUGUUACAUCAUCAUGUUUCCUAUUCACCCUGUAUGUUAAAGGGGGAACUCCAUUUAGGCCAUGUUUACUUAUUAGCUCCAUCACCAACUCUUGGCUAAUGUGGCCUACUGUAACCAGGAUGUUGCAACCGUUUUAUUUAUUGUUUUAUACAUAUUUAUUAUUUGCCUGUGCUGAUUUCAGUUGUUUACCGCUGGUAGCAGGCAAUGUGUUUCUGUUGAAGAGUUUCUUUACUAGAUGAAACAUGCAUCAGAAUAAGGAAACAACCCGGCUUAUGUUAUUUAAAUUCUAACAAAGUUGACAACUCUCGUCCUUGAUCACAGGUGACAAUAAUCUUUCCUAAAAUAAUUUUUGAACAUUUGAAUAUGGACUUCUUAGAGUGUAGAGUACCUCAUGGUUUUCAUAGAUCUCCCUGCUUCAUUUUCUUCUGCUCUUCUAUGAGUGGCCUUAUUUUAGAAUGUGAAACGUUCUUUAAAUUCUUGUAUUUCCGUUUGUUUUUAGCUGAGGAUUUUAGCCACUACUGUACCAUGAUGUCAAAUAAUGUUUCCAAGUGAUGCUCCUUAUAUUUUGUACUUUUUACCUUUUGAUGAUGUUGAACACUUUUUAUGUAGAAGGUUUUUUCUUUGCCAUCUGUUCUAUUUGUGUUGUGUGUUUUAUGAUUGUUUCCCUUAAUCUGAUUCAAUCACUUUAAAUAAUGUUGAUGAUUGUUACAUAAGAUAUGUUUCAGUUUUGAGUCUUUUACACUGAGAUGAGAUGAUGAAUAUGACAGAGAGAACCUCAGCGUGCGCACAUUUUUAAACCAAUCACUGUCUUGAAGAAAUGAGAUAUUCACAUUCCUCUUUGUUAGUGUUAAUUAACCCUUAUUAAUUAAUCAAGUUUGUUUUUGUUUUUUUCAAAGGGGAAAUGUUACAUAGCCAAUAUGUAAUAUUAACAUUCCUUGUGCCAAGUUGUAUUUAUGUUCAUUUAAAUUGUUUUUUUUUUUUACUUCUACAUUUUCUAACCCUUGCACUAUCAUGAAGUCAUCACCACUGUUAACCAGUUAUACAAACUUCUAUUCUGUGCUGUUUUCUUUUUGUCACUGCUUUUAAAUGUUUUUGUCAACAUGUAAACAUUCCAGUCGAUCAUUUUUGUAUAAAGUAUUUGAGAAGUA